UUCUAUUCCAUUAGCCAAAGUUAGCCCUAAUAAAUUGUUAAUUCUUGUGACCAAAUAAAAAAAACUCAGCGCAAAAUUCAGAAAUUUAAACCCUGACAAAGAAGAAGAUGAAAUUUAGGGCUUCUCAGAGAAUUCCUUGCUUCACUUACAAUGGACGCUUCAGUCAUCUACAUGCGCAGCGUUUCCAUUUCACUACCUUUCUUCGUAAGGUACAAGCCACUGAAGCUCGAGCUUCGCUUAAUCGUGGCGGCAGUAGUAGUAACAGCAGCUCUCAGGGUAACACUCUUUUGUUGCCUGGUGCAACAGUCGCAACUAUAGUUAUGCUUGGUCUUCUCCAUGCUCGACGUCUCUAUGAUGAUCAGAAGAUUGAAGACGCAAGAGAGAAAGGAAUUUUAGAAUUCCAGCCUGAUGUAAAGGCUACUUUCAUGAGAUUACUUCCUCUACGCUCCAUCUCUAGAUUCUGGGGUACCUUGACCAAUGUGGAACUCCCGAUGUGGCUGCGCCCUUCUGUGUAUAAAGGAUGGGCUAGAGCAUUUCAUUCAAACUUGGAAGAAGUAGCACUGCCUUUGGAAGAAUAUGCAUCUUUACGGGAGUUCUUUGUCAGAAGAUUGAAAGAGGGUACCCGACCUAUUGAUCCGGAUCCCUGUUGUCUGAUUAGUCCAGUUGAUGGAACUGUUCUACAAUUCGGAGAGUUGAAAGAAGUUGGGGCUAUGAUUGAGCAAGUCAAAGGAUUUUCUUAUUCUGUUUCUUCGCUUCUUGGUGCCAGCUCCCUCCUUCCCAUGAAUGUGGUUGAUGACAACACAAAUCAAGAUGGUGGGCAAGAAGGUUCUAUGGAUGAUACGAAUCAGAAGUCCUGGUGGAGAGUUUCAUUGGCUUCUCCUAAAGUUCGAGAUCCUGCACCAGCACGCCCAAUGAAAGGUCUCUUUUACUGUGUGAUUUACUUGAGUCCUGGAGAUUAUCAUCGCAUACACUCACCAGCUGAUUGGAAUGUUCUUGGCCGUCGACAUUUCUCUGGUCGUCUCUUUCCCAUGAAUGAACGAGCUACGAGGACAAUAAGAAAUUUAUAUGUGGAGAAUGAAAGGGCACCAAUAAUUACAUGCUGGAAUCAUUCUCCAGGUGUUCCUGAUGGCUCGAUCAAUUGUCAAGUGGCCCCAACUCACAACAACUUCACUGAUAGUUUGAGGCAUCACCCAGUUCAAAUUGAAUAGGGGAAGGAACAUAUGCCAUAUGCUUGCAGCCACCGCACAAUGCAAGAAAAGAUGAUUUACUGAUUCUGCACUUUCCUGACACAAAUAACACCUGCUGACCAGCUGGAAGUUUCUUCUACAAAGAUUGUCCACUGUCAAACAAUCAUUCUUUAAUGCCAACCAGCUGAAGCAUAUUACCUUUGGUGGUAGCUUUGUUUUCCAGAUUAGUUUCCAUGGCCAUAAAUCUGUAAUAUCAUUCUGGGCGUGCAACAAUUUAUGCCCCUUCUUUAUAGUGUAUUCCUUUGCCUUAGGACCCCAACAGAUGAUAUCCGUAGCUUGCGGAUUCAUGUUAUAACCUUCCAGUCUACCCAUUAAUUCAACCAGACUGCCAAGCUCCCAAUAAUUGAAGUUUCUCAUGAAAAGUAGAUUCCAUUGAUUGUCCUCUCUGAUCUGCGCAAUUGUAGUGUCAGGAUCACGUGCUAUUAGGAAGAGAGUUUGGCAAAGUUCUUUCAAGAUGAAAUUCCCAAGCCACCUAUCUUUCCAGAAUCUCAUUCAGGCCAUUCCCAACUUUGAAAGAAUUUGUUGACCAAAA